CUUAACCUUCUCAAAAUUUCUUUUAAAUCGAAUAUCCCGUCAUCGAUUUAGAAGAGGAAGAAAAGAGCGAAUCGAAGAAUGAAGUGGAGAGAAAGAAUGCAGGGAAAAUUGUUGAAGAUUGAGAGGCGAUCGACUAGUCACGAGUCGCGAUUUACGAAAAGAGUAAACGAAGCAGAGCAGCGGCGUAAGAGGAGUAAGUAAAUACGAGGUGAGGGUUGAAACGUGGAACGCAUGUACACAACGAGGUCGUUCUCUAGCAUCUAUACGCGUAUUCUGACUCACGUACAACCACGAACGAGAAUAUACGGGCGUGCGAACAAACUACAACGAACGAGGGGAACGUUCGGUCUCGAUCGUGAUUUCCGAAUGCGCCUCUCUGUACAAACGAACCGUCCGACAACGUUGCUACGUUACAAGCACCAGCGACAGAUACAGAAUGGUGAAACAAAACGUCGAGCCCCCGCUAAGACGCCAACGAAGACAACGACCAACAACAAGGGACGAGAUCGUGGAUCGUGGCCGUCGAGUCCGAAGAAGAAGGUGGAAUUGCGAAUACGACGACCUGGGAACAGGGAAAAUAGGGGAACUCGAAUUAUACUGGAUAGACGAAAGCGGAGGUACGGGAUCCACGGUCGUCGACCAACGAACGACGAUGGAUCUUACGCUGCUCUUCAUCCUCGCCGUGCUCCUCGGACAAGAGGUGACGGGGUUGAAGCUGCUCGGCAUAAACGUCCCGGCAUACUCCCUUAGGGGCAAGAGUGCGCUUCUCGAGUGCAGAUACGACCUAGAAACGGACAAGCUCUACUCCAUCACGUGGUACAAGGAUCACGAGGAAUUCUACAGAUACGUGCCCAGAGGGGAGCCCAAGAAGCACACCUAUCACGUGGAGGGGGUUAAAGUUGACUAUCGGCGCUCCGAUCACCAGCAAGUUCUGCUUCAGAACGUGAGCCUGUACACCAGCGGGAAAUACAAGUGCGAGGUGAUCACAGAGGCUCCUAGCUUCAAUGCGGUCAACGCGGAAGCCAAUAUGGAGAUCGUAGUUCUACCUCAAGAGGGACCUUUGAUAACGGGCGAGGAGAAGAUUUACGCGAGCGGGGACAUCCUCGGUUUGAAUUGCACCAGCGGCAAGUCUCAUCCCGCCUCGACGUUCAAAUGGUUCAUCAAUGGGAAGCAGGUGAAGCCCGACACGGAAAUGGUGUUCGAGCAGCACGGACUCUACUCGGUGAUAUCCAGUUUACGGCUACAGUUGGAACCGAAUCACUUCGCUGGCGACAAAAUAAACGUCAGAUGCGAGGCGACCGUGGAAUUGGAUUCAAACUCGGACGCGCUGCUCCUCGAGACUCGCACAACGGAAGUUUUCGUCGCAGGACGCGCGACCACCCUCGCGUCUGCCGUCUGCCGCUUGACGGUGGUUAGCGCGCUGCUCGCCGCGCUGCUGGUCUAGGAGCAGGAUCGACGACGAGCGCGGCCGGCCGCGCUUCCCUCCUCCGAGGAGCCGUCGAGGAGGAGACCGUCGUCGGAAGGAGAGAGGGCGAAGCGUCGAUGAGAGUGGGGAAGAAGAGGAGAGGAGAGGAGAGGAACGGAGCGGAAAUGGCGUUUCGAAAGGAUCGCGUUUGGCUACUUGGCCGGAUGGACGAUCAUCGAUCCAGAGGGAGGAGCCCGGAGAACGCGGAGCCCGGAUUUACCGUGCCGCGUAUUACGGCACGCGACUCGAAAAUACGAUUUACGAGGGUGUAAGCCGAUUAAUUCGGAACGAUUCGACGGGAGCACGGGCUGGCCGUAAAUAUUUAUCGAAAAAUACGCGUGCACGGAAGCGAGGGGCAUGAUUAUUCUUGGAGCGACGAUGGAUAGGAAUCGGGCGAGCGAGCGGGCCAGCGAGCCGUCUCCUCCACGCUCCUCCACGCAUAUCUAUCCGUGUUUCUCUCGCAUCACGCGCGUAACGAUACGUCUAAGUAAGUACGUGUUAUCCAUCCCAGUUGUACGGCUUCCAAGCUUCUAAUUCCCGUUGUCUACUUCCCGAAGGACGCGACGCGCCCGCUCGCUCGCUUCGCGA